AUGUCGAGGAGCGGCGGCGCGGAGGGCGGAAGGUCCGGCAGGUCCCUGCCGUCCCGUGCGGCCAGCCUGGGCUCCCCGCUGCCGCCGCCCCCGCUACCCCUGCAGCCCCCCUUCGGGCCCGCCGUGCAUCCCGGGGCGCGCAGUCCCGACCCCAGCGGACCGGCCGAGCUCAAGCCGGUCCGGCGGUUCAUCCCGGACUCGUGGAAGAACUUUUUCAAGGGGAGACGUAACCACGGCUCUAGCUGGGACAGCACGGCCUCCGACAUCAGGUACGUCUCGGAGGGAAUCGAAUGCUCACCGCCGGCCUCCCCUGGCCCUUUGCGGCCGCAGCCCCACUCGGUGCCCGGCUCAUACCGGGAUCCGUACGGCGGCUCUGGCGGGAGCUACAACUCGCGGAAGGAGGCAGAGGCCAUGCUGGCCGAGGAGCCCUUGGGCUCGCUGGAGCGCAGCGCUGCCACCGGCCGGACGUACAGCGAGCGAGCGGAGGACUACCACCGCCGGUACGGCUACAUGAAGUCCUGGGCCGGGCUGCUGCGGCUGCUUGGCGCGGCCGAGCUGUUGCUGGGCGCCGCUGUCUUUGCCUGCGUCACGGCCUACGUGCACAAGGACAAUGAGUGGUACAACAUGUUCGGAUACGCGCAGCCCUACAGCUACGGGGCUGGAAGUGCCUACGGAGGGUACUCCUACAGCGGGCCCAAAACGCCCUUCGUGCUGGUGGCAGCGGGAACGGCGUGGGUGGUCACCAUCGUCCUGCUGGCGCUGGGCAUGUCCAUGUACUAUCGGACUAUCCUCCUUGACUCCAACUGGUGGCCCCUCACCGAGUUUGGAAUCAACCUGGCUAUGUUCCUGCUAUACAUGUCGGCUGCCAUCGUGUACGUCAACGAUACCAACCGAGGCGGGCUUUGCUACUACCAGUUGUUUAAGACGCCAAUAAACGCGGCAUUUUGCCGUGUGGAAGGAGGUCAGACAGCAGCCAUCAUCUUCUUGUUCGUCACGGUGAUCGUCUAUCUGAUCAGCGCGGUGGUUUGUCUAAAGUUGUGGAGGCAUGAGGAAGCCAGGAAGCACAGGGCAUUGAUGGAACAGGAGAUGAAAACACAGACCUCUUUUCCAGAAAAGAAGUAUGAUGUUGAUGAUGGACCCAGAGAAGAGGUGACUUACAGACAGCUUAAGUCAGUGGAGAGAAAACCAGAGCUACUUAAUGGUCAUAUACCUGCAGGCCACAUUCCUAAACCCAUUGUAAUGCCAGACUACUUAGCGAAAUACCCAGCGAUUCAAACGAAUGAAAUGCGAGACCGCUACAAAGCAGUAUUCAACGAUCAGUUUGCUGAGUAUAAGGAACUGUCUGUGGAAGUUCAUGCUGUGCUAAAGAAGUUUGAUGAGCUGGAUGCAUUGCUGAGACAGCUCCCUCACCACCCUGAAAGUCUGUAUGAACAGGAGAGGAUAUCAAAAGUUCUGCUGGAGUACAAGAAGAAGAAAAAUGAUCCUGCAUUUCUGGAGAAAAAGGAGCGUUGUGAAUACCUGAAGAAUAAGCUCUCUCACAUAAAACAACGAAUUCAGGACUAUGAUAAAGUUAUGAACUGGAACAUGGAAUCUUAGCUGUGCCUUCACCUUGUGGAUGCUGUUUUCUAUUUUUGGAUCAAUUUGGAUGUUUUAAACUAUUUAUUUGCUCUCAGAACAGAAGGCAUAUGGGGAUUGCUCAAUCACUUCAUCACUUAGGUGUUGUACAUUAUUGGUAGGUUUUAUAUGCAGAUCCAGUGUAAAUCAAUAUAAUGAAGUUACCAGUGAAAUUUAGGAAACAUUUGUUAACAUGCUGCUUUUAUUAGGCACUACACAGCCUGGUCUCUUAAAUACUUUGUUUAAAAAUACCAUAUUUGCUAACUUGCCAAGUCCCCCAAAGAAAGCAGUUCUAAAUACCACAUCAAAUGCCUGCACAGAAAUGCUUUAAAC